AUGCCCUGGGGGCUUCAAGAGGCUGUCCUGAGAAUUAUUCAGUCAGUCCUCUCCGGUGCCUCUCAAUCAAAGCACAUCCGUUCAACUCUGUAUGCGGCUUCAAUGUGCAUUUCGGCAAGGUUGAGAGAGAUUGAAGAUAAGGAAUGGCAGGUUGUUGUCGUGCACGGCUCCUUCACGUCAACCUGUAUUCACAAGCCCGGUCGACUGUUGUCGGUGGUCUAUAAGCCCUACAGCGUUCUUGUCUGGCAAUCCGACUAA